CUUCCGUACUUAGAACGUAUUAGCCGUUAGCUUCUCUUGUACAACUCAAGGACGUCUGACAACAUUUCAGGAUGCCUCCUAACCCAGCCUCCCUGGCUCCUCUGGCUAAGACUCUGAUGAAAGGAGUGAUCGUGGUGGAGCUGCUGGGCGUCUUCGGGGCGUACGGCCUGUUCUACAAGAUGAACGACAGUCAGGAUUUCAGGAGCACCAUGAACAGGAGGCUACCGUCCGUUCUGGAAGUUUACUACCAGUCCAACGAGUGGGCGGGGGUCUACGGCGUCCGAGAGAAAGACCUCGCCGCCUGGUCGGCCAAUCAGGACUGAGGACAUCCUCCAAUUAAAAAAACCUCCACGAUCUCACGACAGCCGCUACUACUUCCUCUUCCCGAACGUCUUUCCUCCCGUCCGCGGGCGACCGAACGCCUUCUUGUUCUUGUUGAACAUGGUCUUCUUCUUCCUCAUGGUCUUGGCGUCGCGGUCCUGCAUCCAGUCGUCUCUGUUCGCCUCCCACUUCAACUGCUUCAGACCUGAGGGACAGACAGGAAGUGAGGGAAGACAGGAAGUGAGGGAAGACAACGGCUCUGGUUUCAUGGAUGUGAUGUGACGAAGAUUUCAACUUAAGCUGAAGCUAUUUAUACAAAGGAUUAAAGUACAGAUGCGCCAAUGUCUAAUUUCCGAUGUUUAGAGUAACAGAUUUACAGUUUUAUUUAUUCCAUCUUCGUGCCAGGAAAACAAAAUGUUUCAAUAGUUUUUCAGGCCUUCAUAAUAUAUCUUUAAAUGAGCACAAACUCUUUACUUGGCUGAACGGUUACCUUCUUAUUGAGGAGGUUUGAAGUUCAAACACACGGUUGAUUCUUGUUUUCCAUCAUCAUCCAUUAUCAUGUGAGACUUUGAGCCCAACAUGAAUCACACAUAUAUAUAUAUAUAUAUAGCUACAGUCUUCUGUGUUAAAGCUGUUUCUCUGUGGAGAAAUACAUCUGGCUGGUAUCCAGCUGACUGAAUAAAAACAACAACCAUCAUCUUG